AUGGCCCGAGGACGACCCCUCCCCCGCGCCGUCCCGCCGUCAGCCUCAACAUUGACAUCAACACACACCUCAACUUUGACCUCGAUCUUGACCUCAUCAUCGAGCUCACCGAGACGACUGUCCUUUCUGAUCUUCAACCUGCUCGCCCUCACAGCAUUCGUCCAACCCGUCAUGUCUCAAGGCUGGGUCAACGCCGUCUACUACCCCAAUUGGCGGGUUUACAAGGGCCAAACUCCCGCAUCGAUGCCCGUCAAUGCCGUCACUCACGUCAUGUACGCCUUUAUCAAAGUCAACACGGACGGAUCACUGAAGCUCAUUGACGACUGGGCCGAUACCCAGAUCCCAGUCGACGGGACAAAGGGCUGUCUCUCGGCCACAGCCAAGCUCAAGGCCUCGAAGCCGAGCAUCCGCACCCUUGUGUCCGUCGGCGGUGGCACGGGCAGCGCCGAGUUCCCGGCCCUGGCCGCCAAUCCUACCGCGCGCGCUCGUUUUGCCAAGGAGAUCAAGGCCUUUUGCGACAAGUGGCAGCUCAACGGCGUUGAUAUUGACUGGGAACACCCAAGCGACGCCAAGCAGGGCAAAGACUACAUCAGCCUCCUCAGUGACGUCCGCCAACAGAUGCCAGCGGGCAAGUACCUCAUCACAUCAGCCCUCCCGCCGGGCCAAUGGGUGCUCAAGAAUAUCGACCUUAGACGAGCCGCCUCUCUCCUUGACUACCUGAACUUAAUGUGCUACGACCUCACAGGACCCUGGACCGACGUCUCGGGCAACCACGCGCAGCUCCUGGCCUCCAAGACGCUGGUGAGCAACAACCCGAACCUCAAGAUCGCCUGCGCCGACGGCAUCACCUACGUCACGAGCAACGGGUUCCCGAGCCGUAAAGUGCUGCUCGGGAUCCCGGCGUACGCGCGCACCUUUCCUAAUGCGAAAGGGCCGGGCGGAUCGACAAAGGGGUCUGCUGAGGUUGAUUACUGCGACAUGUCGAAUGAUAGUGUAGAUAAGGCAACUGUGGAUACGACUGCGGCCGCUGCCACUUAUAUUGAUCCCAAGUAUGGGUUCAUGACCUUUGAUGUGCCGAGAUCUGUGGCCAUCAAGGCCCAGUAUGCGAAGAGCAAGGCUCUUGGUGGGUUAUUCUACUGGACUGGCGUAGGAGACCGGAAGGGGAGGCAAAGUCUGGUCCAGGCUGGGUUUAAUGAACUGAACGGCAUCAAAUGA